GCAAAGGCGGACCCCGAUUGGACGACUGGCAGACAAGAAGGCCCGGAACGACGUCGUAGAUUAGACAGCCCGGAGCCCGGAGCCCGACGAGCGUCGAGGACGGGUCUGCGAGCGGGUUGCAGGCAGGCGGAGGAGGUGGUGGUGGCUAUGGCAGCACAAGACGCAGCAGCAGCAACAGCAGCAUCACUUGUGCACAGACGUCGCUGCCCUGAUGAGCUCACGGAUAUGAGAUCGCAGGCCUGCAUCGCCGACGCUGUGGUGCCUUUUUUCCCGGGGUUUUUCUGCAGCUGUUCUCGUGCCCUUUUGAUGCAUCCGCUCUAAACCUCGCUCGCAGCUGGAGGAAGCGAGGAAAGUUUGUCCAGAUUCUGCUGCUUUAGCUUGACCCGAUUGGUAGACACGAGGAGAGGAACAAAGUUUGUGUUGCUGGGUUACUUCUGGGCGAGCGAGCCGGCGUGCGUGCAGUGAGUGGGCUUGCACUCGUGCUGUGAGUGAGGAGGGAGGUGGGUUUUGAAUCUAUGAGUGUCUUCGGUCGCGCCGAGGUUAUGGUCCGAUUGUUACCGGAGGCGUAGGAGAAGGGCGAUAGUCGAGGCGCAGACGGGGCCAAAUUGCCACAGGCCGUUUCCUGUCUAUGCCUCACCUAAUGGCUGCGGUGUCCCCCUCUACCGCGGAGUUCGAGAAGGUGUACGUGGUGCAUAGGACUUCUGGCUUCCCAGCCGAUGCCUUCACCGCGCCCAUGCAAGGGGAAGACGUCAGUGACAGUGCUUAUUUAUCCGAAGAUCAAGCUUAUGCAAUCGCCAUCCGCAGACAGAUUGCUUACAUGGAGAGGCAGAUGGGCGACACAAUUGCGGAACUCCGCACGCUAGUAACAGAAAAGGGCACAACUAUAAAGGGCAGGUUUCAGAAAAUGCGGGAGUGGAUUGAAAGAACGGACUGGUUUGCAGACGCCGAAGUUGUGGAGUAUCAUGUAGAAACUUGUCCACUUAGACGCUCGACGAAAAUAGAUACUGACAACUUACUAGAAGGGAUGGAGGAGCCUGGCUAUACUACGGACACUUCCAGCGACGAGGAGGAAGAUGAUGAGGAUUCGGACGAAGAUAUCGAUGAUGACUCUAGUGCUGGAUCCAAGCCCUGUCCGGUUUCGAUGACGACCAAUGGCAAGAAAAGGAGGAGGGAGAGUGAUUAGGAUACAUUCAAGGUAGGACUUGGCAACGGUUGCCACAGGGAAUGCACAUCCCUGUAACACGGAAGUAACGUCGAAUGCAUUCAUGAAGGUGAGUGCUCAUUGUAUGGGUCAGAUUUUUCGUAGCGGUUGCCAUUCAUCGAGGGUUAUCAACGAUGCGGCCAUUUGCUACUUCGAUCUUGUGUCGUGUUUGAGUAGAACGCUGCUCUCUUUUUCCUCGAUUGGUAGGGUAUCAAAUCCGAGAGCUGGACACUUGUACUGAGUUUUGACAAAGGUAUAUGCCGAUCUGAUUUGUCACUGCCGGCCCAGAUUUUCUCUCCCAUACGCAGACGUUCUCAUCCUUGAUUCAUGCUCACCUGAUGGAUCCCGAGAAACUCUACAUGGUGACAAAGUAGACCUCGAAGGUGUACAUUACAUGGGACUAUCCUGUUCCCAAAACAUCACCUUGAGAAUUUUUUCACAUUCCCACUUAAAAGCCGGGCACGAGCCCUGACAGCUGGUGAAAAGUGUGCACAUCUUGAAAUUGUAAUCUCAGUGAACCCUCAUGAACAGACCGAGAGAUUUCAUAUGAGCCUGUCUUUGAAAUCUUAGCUGUGUUAUGCAGCAAAGCGGAGGUUUCAAGGAUUCACUCGUACGAAGGCUUUCAAGCGCCAUGAUUACUUUAGAGAAGGGAGCAUGAGCAAAACAUGUCUCAGUUUUUCCAGGUUUUUGAGCUCCGAGCAGGAUUUCGUCUUUCAUCUCACUGUCUCGGGUUGAUGUUUGUCCCGGAUAUAUGUGUCUGAGACCCUCUCUCCCACCUCUAUGAUAGUCCCCUCAAGUGCAUCUGCCUCUGGUGCGGAAUCGCCAGAAAGUUUCGACUGACGAUAUCUGAAAAUAUCACGAUAUCUUUUACAAUCAUGGUAUUUUCAGAUAGCGCCAGUCGAUGCUUUCUGACGGUAUCUUUCACUGAUGAUAUCUUUCACAAUGUGUUUUCCUGUUUUAAAUGAGUGGUUAUGGGCCUCUGUCUCUGAAUAUGAUUGUAUACUUCGAACGCCAAACACCACUAAUUGCAUUACCGGUUUAGGCAUGCUUCAGAAGG